UAGACUAGCGCGCCAGCAGGGCCAGAGUCGGCCUGGGAGCCCGCGGAGCCGAUCGCAGCCAGUGGAGCGCUUGGGCGGGGGCGGCGCGCGCGAUGGCUCCCGCCGGGGACCGCGAGGGCUACUGGGGUCCAACGACCUCCACGCUGGACUGGUGCGAGGAGAACUACGCGGUGACCUGGUAUAUCGCAGAGUUCUGGAAUACAGUGAGUAACCUGAUUAUGAUUUUACCUCCAAUUUUUGGUGCGAUGCAGAGUAUUAGAAGUGGACUGGAAAAGCGGUACAUUGCUUCCUAUUUAGCACUCACAGUGGUAGGAAUGGGAUCCUGGUGCUUCCACAUGACUCUGAAAUAUGAAAUGCAGCUAUUGGAUGAACUCCCAAUGAUCUACAGCUGUUGUAUAUUUGUAUACUGCAUGUUUGAAUGUUUUAAGCCGAAGAACUCUGUAAACUACCAUCUGCUUUUUACCUUAGUUCUCUUCAGUUUAAUAGUAACCAUAGUUUACCUUAAGGUAAAGGAGCCUAUAUUCCAUCAGGUCAUGUAUGGAAUGUUGGUCUUCACUUUAGUGGUUCGAUCUAUUUAUAUUGUUACAUGGGUUUAUCCAUGGCUGAGAGGGCUGGGUUACACAUCUUUGGGUGUAUUUUUAUUAGGAUUUUUAUUAUGGAACAUAGAUAACAUCUUUUGUGAUUCACUGAGGAACUUUCGAAAGAAGCUACCACCUGUCAUAGGUGUUACCACACAGUUUCAUGCAUGGUGGCAUAUUUUAACUGGCCUUGGUUCUUAUCUUCACAUCCUUUUCAGUUUAUAUACAAGAACACUAUAUUUGAGAUACAGGCCAAAGGUGAAGUUUCUCUUCGGAAUCUGGCCAGUGAUCCUGUUUGAGCCUCUCAGGAAGCAGUGAUGAAUUGUUACACCAAGAAAAUAAAAUAGCACGUACCCUAGGCCUAGCCAAACAAACAAGGAAAUAAAGAUCUACAUGUUCAAACAGAUGUAUUAUAACCAUCACAGCAAAGGAGUGACUUUCUGACAUGCUGCCAGCCACACAGAGAAUGAGGAAUGGGACUUGUUGGAUGUUUAGCUUGUGUCUUUAUCUCAUUUGUCUUCCCUCUCCUCACCCUCACCCUAAGAUGUUUAAAAAGAAACAGACAUGAUGUGUAUGUAUACACGAA